UUGGGCGAGAGUCAUUUGACUGAGGCGCGAGGAUCCAAACGGUUGGUCGAACGGACUACAACCGUUGUGCUCGCAGACGCUAGCGGGUAGUUUCGAGGGUUCUGAGUGCUUCAGAUUUAGAUUGUGGAGAACAGUUAUUGUGAAAACGGAACUGCGCAUCCAGCUGAUCGUCACAACAGCGGAAAGACGAACAUGACAGGGAAUCCCUGCACCUCAAAAGGAAGCAGAAAUCGUGAGGAAGUCGCACUUCUUCGAAUGUCCCUCAGGUCAAUGUGAACCACUGCAAUCUUUCCUGUCGGGUUUGGUACGUGGCCCCUACAAGCGCAGAAGAAAUUGCGCCGUUCACCCGCUUGGAUAGCACCGCCGUUCUCAAGAACAGCUAAAUGUACUUCAAGCUAGUCGUCCUAGCAAUUUGCGUCGUCGCCUACUAUCCGUCGUCGUCACUGUCGCCGUCGUCGUCGUCGUCGUCGCCGUCUUCAUCGCCGUCGCCGUCUUCAUCGCCGUUGCCGUCUUCAUCGCCGUCGCAGUCUUCGUCGCCGUCUUCGUCGCCGUCGUCGUCUGAAGGUCCUAGUGGGAAUCUGGACGUAUGGGAGACGUAUAACCAGUCUAAUGUCUUCUUCUUACUGAAACGCACAUACCAAGAGCCGGGAGGACCUAGUAAUUGCAGGUACUCAAGCGUUAUCCGCAGACAUGAUGGAAACCACAGCCUUCUACAAUAUAUGGGAAGUUAUAACCAAACGCAAAAAAAAUAUACCAACUACACAGUGUAUGUAACUGCUACAGCAGAAAGCGCGCAUGACGGCGCGCCGAAGAAUCUUAUGGGAGUUUCGUUCUUUGGAUACACGAACCCACGCAUUGUAUUCAAGCUUGUAUAUGAUGAUGGAAAUGGCUGUUCACUUCUCCAAGUAAUACACGAUAAUCGAACUGGUGUCGCGGAGGACCAAAGGUUAGUUGGAGCGUGUGAACUGUGGGCCACGAAGACCGCAGCGUCCACCAUUAACGACGGGUCAUCUUGUAAAGUGGAGUAUUCGAAACGAUGCACAAACAUAAAAAAUGAAGAUACGCCGUACACGGAGACCUGCGAGGAUCCACCUUCUUGAAAGUAAUUUUAUGAUUUGCCUGUGGACGACAGAUGUCAUUUAAAGGCUCCGAAGGACGACCCAGCACCCAUUGCUGGGUUUAACGUUGAAAAUAAAUACAUAAAUCUUUGA